GUGAAAGUUGUGCUCCUGUUUUCAGCGAUUCAGGGCGUUCCAGCGAUCCAGAUUAUGAACAACCGAUCCCAAAUGAAGUCACGUAUGAGAGCAGUGACGAGCCGUAUGGUAGAAAUGAAACAGAAACAAGCAAUUUAAAAACAAGAAAACGAUUAUUUAAGCCAGAAAACCAUAAGAAAAAUAUUAGAAAACUAAAACGAAUGAG